AUGGUCCCCGUGCCAUUCCUCGGAGCCGUGAAGGCCUCUUUUUGGAGAGGUGGGACUUCCAAAGGUGUCUUUCUCAGCCUGCAGGAUUUGCCCGACUGGUUUCAGACAGCUCUCAGGUCAGGCAAAGCUCCCUCUGAAACCGAAUUCAGCAGCAUGCAAACAUUCUUCUCUGCAAUCAUGGGUUCGCCAGAUCCAUAUGGCCGUCAGCUAAACGGAAUGGGAGGAGGCAUCUCAUCGCUGAGCAAGGCUAUGGUGGUUGGUCCCCCCACUCGAUCAGGAGCUGAUCUCGAUUACACCUUCUUCCAAGUUGGGAUCAAGGAUGGGAAACUGGAUAUGGCGGGGAAUUGUGGAAACUUGAGCUCUGCGGUUGGGCCCUUUGCUUUGAAUGCAGCCAUCUACAGGUAUGGGGCGAGUAGAGAUGAAACGAAACAGCCCACGACAACCUCAUUGCAAAAGGGCCAGAACCAAACUAUCACCAUGAAGAUGAGGAACACUAAUACGAAUAAAAUCAUCGAGUCAUCAUUCCCAGCAUGCCUCAUAGACGGAAAUUGGCAGUACCAGCAACGAGGAACUACAUCCAUUGACGGUGUCCCUAGCACAUCUUCGAACAUCACAUUGUCAUUUCUAGACCCCGAGGGGUCAAAAACGCAGAGAGCAUUACCUACCGGCAACCCCAUCGACCUCCUCGAGAUUGACGACUUUUCCAUAGAGGCGUCAUUGAUCGAUGUCAGCAAUCCGGGUAUCUUCAUCAGAGGACAAGAUGUGGGGUGGAAACACGGCGCCACACCCGAUGAACUCAACGCAGACAGAUCAUUAAUGGAAAAGCUCGAGAAGAUCCGAAGAAAAGGAACUGAAAGAAUGGGGUUGGACCCCAAUAUUAGCAGCAUUCCAAAAAUUGUCCUGCUGUUCCCUACCACCAAAGAAGGUAUCGAUAUCUCAUCUCAGGCUCUGUCCAUGGAACAGGCCCACAAGGCUGUGCCUGUGACUCUUGCACUCAACCUUGGGGUGGCCUGCAAAAUGACAGGAACUAUACCUCAUCAGCUUUCGCAGCACCUGAACCCAUCCAACACGGUGAUUGGGCACCCAUCAGGAACCUUGGAAGUCGGCGCGGACUUCCAUGGCAGCCACAUCAGAAGUGCGCAGCUCAUCAGAACCUCCCGCUGCCUGAUGGAGGGCUAUGUGAAUACAUCAGGAGCCGAAGAUCAAGACUAG